UUGAUGGAGAAAAAAAAAUGUUAAUUACAGAGAGGGCGUCACCGUCGCCCUGUACUUUUAUUAGUUCGCGCAUGAUCGUUGAGACUUGAAUUUUUGUAUUAAAGUAGGAAUCACGUUUCUACGAAUGCACAUAUCACGCUGGCAGCAACAGGAACGUGAAUGAUUUCGAGAAGGACUAGUAGCCGAUCGUGACCAGUGAACAGUGUACAUAAGACUCGACGAGCCCUUGAAAUUUCUUUACCGGUGUUUGAUCUUCGAGGAUAAGACCCGAAAGUACGAGCCGAGGAUAUGGGACUGCUCUCCGAAGGAAGUCCCCUGAGCUGGGAGGAGACGAAGAAGCUGUCCGAUCACGUGCGCAAGCAUGGGAUUAUUCAGUUUAUUAACCUGUACAAAAAAGUCAGGGACAGACAAGGGGAUAUUUUGAAAUGGGGCGACGAGGUAGAAUAUAUAAUCGUAAAAUUUGAUGAUGACGCAAAAACUGCAAAGCUUAGUUUAAGAGCUGUUGAAAUAUUAAGAAUUUUAAAUAAGAAAGUAAAUGAAGAUCGAGAUAAUGUAAAAUCACUUUGGAGACCAGAAUAUGGCGCUUAUAUGCUUGAAGGAACUCCAGGAAAACCAUAUGGAGGUUUAUUAGCUCAUUUUAAUGUUGUUGAAGCCAAUAUGCGUUAUCGAAGACAAGAAGUAAUGAAAUUAUUGCAACCAAAUGAAGUUUUAAUGACAUUAACUGCUUUUCCAAGAGUAGGAGCUCCUGAUUUUACCAAUCCUCCUGCUCAUCCUACACCUAAUAAUGGUGCCUCUAGAAGUUUAUUUUUUCCCGAUGAAGCUAUUUAUCCCGGUCAUCCGCGAUUCCAGACAUUAACCAGGAAUAUAAGGCAACGACGUCAAGAAAAAGUCGCUAUAAACAUUCCUAUUUAUAGAGAUGAAAAUGUGCCACUGUUGUUUAAAGAAGACUUUACUAAGGGGGAUGAUGGAUCUUCUUCAAAAGCAGCUAAAGAUAAUCACAUUUACAUGGAUGCAAUGGGUUUUGGAAUGGGAUGCUGCUGUUUGCAACUUACCUUUCAAGCAUGUAACAUAGAAGAAGCGAGAACGUUGUACGAUCAAUUGACACCUUUAUGUCCAAUUAUGUUGGCUAUAACUGCUGCUAGUCCGUUUUACCGAGGCUAUAUAAGUGAUGUUGAUUGUCGAUGGAACGUUAUAUCUUCAUCAGUGGACUGCAGGACACAGGAAGAACGUGGAUUGAAACCUCUUAAGGAAAAUAAAUUUAGGAUCAGUAAAUCCAGAUACGAUUCUAUCGAUUCGUAUCUCAGUGAACAAGGUGAAAAAUAUAAUGACGUUCCUCUAACAUACGAUGACGAAAUAUAUAAGCAACUUUUGGAUAAUGGGAUCGAUCAUUUACUUGCACAACACAUAGCUCAUCUAUUUAUCAGAGAUAGCGUCUCCUUAUUUUCCGAAAAAGUACAUCAGAACGAUUUAGAAGAUACUGAUCAUUUUGAGAAUAUACAAACUACAAACUGGCAAACUAUGCGCUUUAAACCGCCAUCACCGAAUUCAUCUAUCGGUUGGCGUGUAGAAUUCCGUCCAUGUGAAGUUCAGAUCACGGACUUUGAGAAUGCCGCGAUAGUUUGCUUUACAGUGCUACUGACGAGAGUCAUUUUGAGUUACAAACUGAAUCUUUUAAUACCGAUUAGCAAAGUCGAUCAAAAUAUGGUCAGAGCGCAGAAAAGAGAUGCAGUGAAAGUAGAGAAAUUUUGGUUUCGUCAUGAUAUCACUUCCGACAUAAAAUCUGACAAUGCUCAAUCAGAGUACACGGAGUUUACGAUUAAUGAAAUUAUCAAUGGAAAGAAUGGCGUUUUCCCUGGUCUUGUACCACUUGUAAAUUCAUAUCUAGCCAACAUGAAUGUAGAUGCUGAUACACAUUGCAGUAUCCAAAGAUAUCUGAAAUUAAUACAGAAACGAGCUUCUGGCGAACUCUUAACAACAGCCGCUUGGUUAAGAAAGGAAGUCCUUUCGCAUCCUGAAUAUAAGCAUGAUUCUGUUAUAACACAACGCAUCAAUUACGAUUUACUAAGAAAAAUUGACAGCAUCGUUUCGAAUGAUUUAUCGUGUCCAGAAUUGCUUGGCCAGUGUGUAUCAUCUAAAACUACCGAUACUAUACCUGCUGCUGUUGCUAAAGCAGAAAAGUGCACAACAGCAAAUGACAAUUGAUGAUGAUGGUGUAAAAACGUUUCAGGUAAAUCAGUAAGUUUAUACUUUUGUAACAUCGUUACACAUAUUUAAAUGUCACUUAAAUCUGCAUAAUUGGAUAAAUAUAUCUUUGCGUUAUUUAAUAUUUUUAAACAAUACAAAAAAAAUAAAAAUAACGCAAGAUAUAAAGUUUUAUAAUUUUAUAUUUGUAAUUUUAUAUCCCAUUUAUUAUACACGUGCUACAUUGUUUUUAUUUACUGACUAUAAAUUGUAUAUGAGAUUUAUAAUUUACGUAAUUUCUAACAGUUUUAAGAAGUAAAAACAGUAUUGAGUAUAUAUAUAUGUAAAAGAAAAUGUUAGUAAUGUUAUGAUUAUGAUCAACGAAUCGACAUUCCACGAAUCAUAUUGUGUAUUCGAUUCAUUUAAAUAUAUCGUUCAGUACUACUAUGUAUUAAAUAAUUCGUUGAAUGAACAAAUACUAAAUUUAAUUGUACAAUAUAUAAUUAAUUAAUAACAAUGUCUAUAGUUAAAACCUGUAGAAGUUUUAUGAUUUAUUAACAAGAAUUAAUCUGUUUUA